CGCGGGGUGAGACUGUCCACGCGGCCGCCAUUCCUGCCGCUUCCCGCCCCGGACGCCGCUAACAUCCCGUGACCGGCAAGAUGGGAGAGAACGUCAAGUCGUGGCUGUACGCCUUCUGUGGCAAGAAAAAAAUCACCCCCAACUAUGACGUUAGAAAUUCAGGGCCCAAGCAGCGGCAGCGGUUCCUGUGUGAGCUGCGCGUGCCCAGCUACAACUACGUGGGCGUCGGGAACUCCACCAGCAAGAAGGACGCGCAGGCCAACGCCGCCAAGGAUUUCGUGCAGUUCCUGAUCCGCAAGGGGGAGGUGAAUCCUUCUGAGGUGCCGGAUUUCCAGGGCCCUGAAGGCAGUGGUGGUGAUGGUGGUGCUGCUGCUGGAGGAGGAGGAGGAGGAGGAAGAGGGGGGGGGCACGGGGAUGGGCUGCUCCCCCUGUCCGCCCCCAUGGCCCCAGUCCCCGGCCUGAGGGACGAGGGCAAUGUGUACCUGCCCGUGCAGCGCGGUGGCCCUGGACCAGGCGGCCGGCCGAUGACCUACAUGGAGAGGGUGGAGGAGCGCAAGGCAGUGGAGGAGGCCGAGGAUGUUGACCUGACCUCCCGGAUCCACGGCAACUGGACGGUGGAGAACGCCAAGUCCCGCCUCCACAUGUUCCUGCAAACCAACAAGAUCAAGGCGGACUACAAGUUCAGCGCCAUCGGACCCGACCACAGCCGGAGCUUCGUGGCAGAGAUGUCGUUCUACGUGAAGCAGCUGCAGAGAGACAUCUACGCGCGAGAGACGGGCUCCAACAAGCAGGCGGCGAGCAAGAGCUGUUCCCUGUCCAUCGUGCGGCAGCUGUUCCAUCUUAACGUGAUCGAGGCGUUCUCCGGCACGCUCAAGAAGAAGGAGAGCGAGAAGCUGAAGCCGUAUGACAUUGAAAUGAGCCCGGACCUCAUCACCCAGCUGGACGGGGUGAUCAAGGCGACGGGGGUGCAGCCGGCGAACCUGGACAAUUACAGCCCAGACCAGGCCAUCAACUUGGUGCCGGAUAUUAAGUUGGCCGAGUUUGAGGCCUCCGAGGCGCCUCCCAGCACAGGCGGCAUCGUGUCCUGGUCACCGCCGCAACCCAACUGGAAUCCCUGGACCUCCUGCAACCUGGAUGAAGGACCCCUCGCCUCCAUCAGCCUGGACCAGCUGAGCCUCGACCUCCAGAAGACACACCAGAACCGCCUGCAGACGGACGAGCGGCUGCAGCACAUGAUCAAGCAGCGCAAGGACCUCCCCGUCUUCAACAUGCGCCAGGAGAUCCUGACCGCCGUGUACGACAGCCCCGUCACCAUCAUCAGGGGCAACACGGGCUGCGGCAAGACUACACAGGUGUGUCAGUACAUCCUGGACGACUACAUCCAGUCUGGCUCAGGCGCUUACUGCAGCAUCGUGGUGACUCAGCCGCGCCGCAUCUCCGCCGUGUCCGUGGCUGACCGCAUCGCCUGUGAGCGCGGCGAGGAGCUCGGCCGCAGCAUUGGCUACUCCGUCAGGUUCGAGAGUGUCCUGCCCAGUCCUUACGGGUCCAUACUCUUCUGCACGGUUGGGGUGUUGCUGAGGAAGCUGGAGGCCGGCCUGAGAGGGGUGUCGCAUGUUAUUGUGGAUGAGAUUCACGAGAGGGACAUCAACACGGACUUUAUCCUUAUUGUGCUGAGAGACAUGGUGCGCGCCUUCCCCGACCUGCGCAUCAUCCUCAUGUCGGCCACCAUCGACAUCAGCCUCUUCCACCAGUACUUCUCCAACCCCGUGGUGAUCGAGGUGGAGGGCCGUGCCUUCCCUGUGCAGGAGUACUUCCUCGAGGACUGCGUCGAGCUCACCAAGUUUGUGCCGCCCCCAGACACCAGGAAGAAGAAGAAUAAAGAGGAGGAUCUGCCAGGGGAUGAGCCAGAGGAGAACCUGAACUUCGUCAAGUCCAGCCACUACUCUGAUGCCACCAAGCACUCGCUCUCCAUCAUGAGCGAGAAGGACAUGAGCUUUGAGUUGGUGGAGGCGCUGCUCAAGUACAUCGACACCCUUACAAUCCCCGGCGCCGUCCUCGUCUUCCUGCCCGGGUGGAACAUCAUCUUCGCCCUCAUGCGCCACCUCAACCAGCACCCCGUCUUUGGUGGCAGCCAGUACACGGUGAUGCCCCUGCACUCCCAGCUGCCCCGGGAGGACCAGCGGCGGGUGUUCGACAAUGUGCCCGAUGGUGUGAGGAAGAUCAUCCUGGCCACCAACAUCGCCGAGUCCUCAAUCACCAUCAACGACGUGGUCUUCGUGAUCGACUCCUGCAAGGCCAAGAUGAAGCUUUUCACCUCGCACAACAACAUGACCAACUACGCCACCGUCUGGGCCUCCCGCACCAACCUGGAGCAGCGGAAGGGGCGAGCAGGCAGGGUGCGGCCGGGCAUCUGCUUCCACUUCUGCACCAGGGCUCGCUUUGAACGCAUGGACGAGCACAUCACCCCCGAGAUGUUCCGCACGCCGCUGCACGAGGUGGCGCUGUCCAUCAAGCUGCUGCGCCUCGGCUCCAUCGGCGAGUUCCUGUCCAAGGCCAUCCAGGCGCCGCCCAUUGAUGCUGUGAUUGAGGCCGAGGUCACUCUCAGGGAGAUGAAGUGCCUGGACCCCAACGACGAGCUCACACCCCUCGGCCGCAUCCUCGCCCGGCUGCCCAUCGAGCCGCACCUGGGCAAGAUGGUGAUCCUGGGCUGCAUCUUCUUCUGCGGCGACGCCAUGUGUACCAUCGCCGCACAGAACUCGUCCUCACAGGAGAUCUUUGUCAUCCCCCCAGAGUACCGGCGUCUGAGCCCCUUCCAAAGAGCCUUCUCGGGGAACCGUUGCAGUGACCACAUCGCCACCCUCAACGCCUUCUCUGCUUGGGAGGAGGCCAGGAUGGGCGGGGAGCAGGCCGAGAUCCGCUUCUGUGACUACAAGGGCCUGUCCAUGCCAACCCUGCGUGUCAUCUGGGAGGCCAAGAACCAGCUGAAGGAACUGCUGGUGAACGCUGGCUUCCCUGAGGAGUGCCUGCUGCCCCAGUCUUACAACUUCUUCGGUCCCGACCCCAAGCUGGACCUGCUGGUGGGCCUGCUUGUGCUCGGCCUCUACCCUAACGUCUGCGCCCACAAGGAGAAGCGCAAGGUGCUGACAACCGAGUCCAAGGGCGCCCUCAUCCACAAGUCAUCCGUGAACUGCAACAACCGGGAGACCGUCUUCCCGUCGCCGUACUUUGUGUUCGGGGAGAAGAUCAGGACGAGGGCAGUGUCAUGCAAGGCCAUGACCAUGGUGACACCAAUCCACCUGAUGAUGUUUGGCUGCCGUAAAGUGGAGGCCGUGGAGGGCGUGGUUCGUCUGGACGGCUGGAUCAACCUGAACAUGACACCAGAGCACGCGGCCAAGAUCCUGACCCUGCGCCCCAGCCUGGACGCCCUGAUUGUACGUGGCACCGCCCAGCCCGAGGCAGUCACUGAGCCCUCACACCAGGAUGAACAGGUGAUGAACUGCACCCGCCAGUUGUGUCGCAUGAACGCCGGCCGCUUCAACAUGGAGCAGAUCGGCAUGCAGGGUUUCAACACACCGAGGCCCCCGCGCGCAUUUGGGAACGGACCACCGAUGAAGAGGAGCAGGCCCGAUGAGGAGUCAGGUGGCGGCGGUUUCGACCAAUCAUCUGGCAGUGGCGGCGGCGACGGUGGUGGCUUCCAGAACAGAUACCUCAACAACAGUUCGUUCGCUAGUCCGAGCGUUGGCCGAGGCUUCAGGGGCGGCCGAAGGGGCUACGGGGGAGGUGGAUACAGUGGGGGCGGGUAUGGUGGUGGUGGCUAUGGCGGUGGAGGUGGGUAUGGCGGGGGCAGAGGCUAUGGUGGUGGUGGGUAUGGAGGGGGCCGGGGGUACUCUAGAGGUGGGUAUUAAGGAGGUGGAGGGUGUAGAGCGAAGAGGAUGUGGAGGGAAGAAUAGGGAAAGGAUGAGGAGGGAAGAAUAGGGAAAGGAUGAGGAGGGAAGAAGGAUGUGGAAAGUGAGCUCAGUAUGUGGAGACCAGAUUAAGUAUGAGGUUGACAUUUAGCAAUUCCAUCCCUAAUAAAACCCCAUUCCCAAACCCACUAGACUCCUCCCCCUCAUUUUUUGUUCCCUUCCAUUCAUAUUUAUACACUAUUGGGCAUACAAUGUCAAAAGACUUAAAUUAAGGUACCUUGCCUGAUGCUGCACCUCAGGAAAUGUCUGAUUUCUUUUACUUUUGCACUUUUGUUAGAAUUUAAGACAGCAGAGCGCUGUGUGAGUGGCAUUGCUGGGAGUGAGCCAAAGUUGAGUGAUAUAAGUGGAAAUAAUGACUGCCUGAAGAUUAUAAGUACAUGCUUCUCCAUUUCCAUCAUUCCUUGCAUUGUUGAAGUCAAUUAGAUGUUUGUGCAUCAUCAGACAGUGCAGAAUGUACAAUAUAGUAAGGGUGUGACCUAUAUGCAGACCAAUAUAAUCAGCUUCAUAGAUACAUAACAAUAGAAUGAACUGGUGUUGUCCUCUCGCUGGGUAGAAAAUUCAAGUGUGGCAAAAAUAUUCAUGUUGGUAAGCAGCACUUCUGCACCACCUCAGUGUGACGUGCAUGAAGGAGGGACUUUACCAGCAGUAGGAAAUAUGUCAGUGUGGAGAUUCCUUGUGGCGUGUAGUGUGUUCAGGUUAUCCUCACAAAGCUGGUCUCCAUUCAGGCCCACCAAGGGGUCACUCGGGGCAUGACGUCUGUUCUUGCAUCCCAGCUCUGGAGGAAUCUCUCAAACAAAUUCCUCAGAUGCUUUACGUCACUUGGUUCUAUCCUGAAUUAAUUUUCACUUCCUGCCAAUGGAACACAUGCUGCUGUGUUUAUUGUCUCAAAUAUGCAAACUGUGUGGGAUGUAUUUUGUUAUUAUUAUUAUUGGGGUAGCACUUUCACAUUAGAAUGCAUAUUAAAUUUCUGGGAAGUAAAGUCUCCCAGUCUUAAUUCCAGCACUUAAGAGCCAACCAUGAACAGGACAGCUGCUGAGGGAAGUCCGUGUUUUGCGAAGGAUCUGAUUUUUUUUUUUUGAGGGACUUUAUUUGGAAAGGAUUGUUGACCUGGUGAGACAAUAAAUAAAAUUCUUUACACUUUGGUCUUGGUCGAUUGUCAUGUGUUUUGAAAAUAAAUAUGUAAACCUUG